AUGGACGCCAAGAAUUCACAGCCCAACCCGCGCAACGACAUAAGCCUCGAGUCGCUGCAUCCGAGCGAGCCCAACGCAGGUGUGGACGUUGAUGACAAGAAGGAGAUACCGAUCACCGCAUCAGUACCAGGGCCACCUGCCAUCGCCAAUGAAAACAUAGACGAGGAGGAGGCACAUUCAGACCGUGACUCGACCCAGGCGGAAGAUGAGAAGUUGAAAAGACGGGCACGCUGGGCCCUCUUUGUCAUGUCCUUCUUUAUGGGAGACGUUGCGGACGGGCUCGGUCCAUUUCUUGGCGUUUACUUGCAACAGCGCGGAUGGGAACCCGGGCUGCGUGGCAUGGUCAGUACGGCGGGCGGUGUUGCGACCAUCAUCGCGACGGGGCCGAUCGGGGCGCUAAUAGACGCAACGAAACACAAGCGUUUUCUUGUCGCUGGCUGCGCCCUCCUUGUAGGUGUUUCUCAAGGACUCAACCUUAUCUCCACACAUCCGGCCCUCGUCUUCUCCACGCAAAUUGUGUCUGCCGUCGCAGGUACGAGCAUGAUGCCUCUCCUCGUGGCGCUCACACUGGGCAUCUGCUCUCCUGAACAAGAAGGCAGCAACACGCAGAACAAGAAAGAUAAACACAGCUUCCGCGUACUCAACGGACGAAACCAGGCAGCUAACCACGCGGGCAACAUGGUCAGCGCGGGUCUCGCUGGCUUACUGGGCUCGCGCUUCGGGUUGAAAGCAGUCUUCUACCUCGUCAUGGCAUUCUGCGCAACAACGAUAGGAAGCGUCUUCCUUCUACCGGAGAGGGCAGUCGAUCAUGCAGCCGCGAGGGGAGGGCCUGCCCCUGAGCACAGCGCGGGUAAUACUGGCGCCCAUCAAAUGCAAGAAAGACGGGGGAUUGAAACCCAGGAUUUUGCAGAAAGGGGUGACAUGCCCCCUCCCCCUCAGACUCCGAUUGCUAGCCCCAAGGCCAGCUUCCGCCGAUUGAGUUUGAAGCCCAAAUUCUCUUACAGCUGGAUCAAAAUCUUUCAGAACAACUGGCCUCUCGGUAUCGUCGCCAUCACAAUUUUCAUGUUUCACCUGGGCAACGCUGCGAUUCUCUUUCUCUACGGCCAAGCCUUGGUGGCCGCAGGAGAGGGGGAUCCCGCAGGCACCACCGGUUUGACCGUCAUCAUCGCGCAGGGCACCAUGGUCAUUGUAUCAAUAUUGUCUGCUUGGGCAUCAGGUCGCUACGGCUACUGGUCUGCCGUCUUGCUUUCGUACUCCGUCUUACCUAUCCGAGCUGCUGUCGCAGGCCGUGUAAUGAAGAGCUGGGGUGUGUGGCCAGUUCAGAUCCUCGAUGGCAUCGGCGCAGGUAUCCAGAGCGUUGCUAUUCCCGGUCUGCUAGCCGUUAUGAUGGCCGGUACUGGGCAUGUUAAUGUCACGAUGAGCAUUGUUGGUGGCAUAACUCGACAGACUGGCGCUGCUAUUUCGCACUCGUUGGCUGGAUGGGUGGCGCAGGUCAGGGGCUACAGCUUUGCACUUUACUUGAUGGGUGUCUUCCCGCUUGUUUCUGUGUUCUUAUGGGCUGUCUUUUACAAGAUACUCUGCCCAGUAAUGGACAAGAAACCUGGGGAGAAUACUAUGUAG